GGUCGCAACGUAUCAGACAUGGCCUUCAACGUUCAAAAUAAAGACAUCUUAGCAGUGGGAUAUGGCCAGUUCGUCUACGACCAACAACGUUCUGGUCUAGUCUGCUGUUGGAGCCUGAAGAAUGUAUCCUACCCAGAACGCGUUUACCAGACGCCAAGUGGUGUUACUGCCGUUGGGAUGUUUAGCGGCGUCAUCAUGAUAUUCGAUGCGAGGAAAAAAACUAACGUACCCAUAAUUGACACAACUCACGUCGCCGGUCGACACUAUGGGCCGAUUCGUCGCCUCCAGUGGGUCAUUCGUGAGGCCGGCCGAUCAGCAGGAACUUCUGAAAGCCUGAUUUCACUGUCUAUGGACGGUCGCGUCUCUGAAUGGUUCACCUUAAAGGGCUUCGACUGCGCCGGUGAGUUCUCUGCUAUUUUUGCUCAUUGUAUGUUAAAGCGUCACUGGUUUAGGCGCUAG